AUGGCUUUCGACAAUGAUUCGGAUGUCUACGAGGAUCAUGCAGACCUGUAUCACUCUGGGAAGCGCCUCAUUCUUACGCCGCAUAAGUCACCUGCACCCUUCGGCUCGUCUUUUUACCCGGAUCCGCCAAAUUUGACGUCGAAACAAAUGACUCCUACUGAUGAGGAGAAAAGCUUUUCACGUACGCAACUAGUCUUCUCUGAGUCCAACGGUCCCCUCGACUUCGACGAGACAAAGCAAAAUGACAAAAGCAGCCAGGUGCAUUUGGAGAUCCUCGACAUGGUUGAUGGUGGAUAUGGUGCUCAAUACACCCCCGGGCCCCAGAAAGUCGUGUGCAAGGUGGUCAAGACGGCCUCAGCCUCUUCUGACGACAACGAGAACAAAGCCCUGGUGCUUGGACAGCUUGUCUUCUUGAAGGUUUACGAUCCUUUGUUCUGGCCCCUGAAGGUUGAUCUUUCCGAGUUCUGCUUCAAGGUCACCGUCCGAGCGGGUUUUGCUCAGAGCAACGAAGUCGGUGCCUACUCUCAUCUCUUCAAAGCAGGUUUGACAGGCUUCCCACACCUGGCUCCUCAAUACCACGGAUGCUGGACCGUUUCUGCCACCAGCGCCGAUCCUAAGCACGCGGGAAAAGUUCGGCAUGUGGUUGCGCUGGCCUUAUAUUGGUCCAACCCACAGGAGCCGCCGACCUACAUCUCAGCUGACGAAGGCACUCGUCUCAGCGUCAUGGAAAAGCUCAUGGAUGGACUCAUGUCGGAGGAAUUCGCCGACGUGAACCACGGCAAUUUUCACCCAUCAAACAUGAUUAUUUCAUUGAAAAACGGCCUGACCACACUUGAACAGCCACGGAUCGUCCAAGUCUCAUACCGAAGAUCCAAGGUGACAACUUUAGGACGGAAUCCCUACAAGGCCUAUCUCUACUUCGCGAAGAAGCCUCAUCCGUUCAUACGAUUCAGCAUGGACAGGCUUGCGCCUUUCUUUGGAUGGAUUCCCCCGUCAUGGGAAGGCCAAAACCUCGGCCAUGACACGCCUCUUUUCCUGUAUCGGUGGUUGGCUGUCACGUUCGGCCCAUUCGUCGAUAAUCCCACGUACACGUAUCGUGGAAGUCCACCUGCUGAUAUGAUAGUGGAUGCCAAGGGUACUGUCAGUCAAUACUCCAUGUACUUGGAGAACAAGCGCCUUGAGGAGAAGAGGCACCUUGAGGAGAGCAAGCCCGGCGAAUCGAACAAGCCUGACGAGAAUUCGGAGGAGAAGAAGCCUCGAGAGGAGACCGGCUUGGCUGAGGAAGUGCUCUAG